AUGGCAUCUUUGAUAAUGCAGUUUGAAAGAGAGAAAAAAAACGCAUGUCAAGUUGUAGACGUAACCCUCAAGCAAGAGGAUCAACAACAAGGGCUAUCUUAUUCGACGUCGUUCAGGGAAGAGAGAGACACCUUCGGGCCGAUCCAAGUUCCUUCGGACAAAUUAUGGGGAGCUCAGACGCAGAGAUCGCUUCAGAACUUCGAAAUAGGAGGCGAUCGCGAGAGGAUGCCUGAACCAAUCAUCCGUGCUUUUGGUGUCUUGAAGAAAUGUGCUGCCAAGGUUAACAUGGAGUAUGGUCUUGAUCCAACGAUCGGGGAAGCUAUAAUGCAAGCUGCACAAGAAGUAGCAGAAGGAAAGCUCAAUGAUCAUUUCCCACUUGUUGUAUGGCAAACUGGUAGUGGCACUCAGAGUAAUAUGAAUGCUAAUGAGGUAAUUGCUAAUAGAGCAGCUGAGAUUCUUGGUCACGAACGAGGUGAAAAGAUUGUGCACCCAAAUGACCAUGUCAACAGAUCACAAUCUUCUAAUGACACUUUUCCCACGGUUAUGCACAUUGCUGCUGCAACCGAGAUUAAUUCGAGGCUGAUCCCUAGUUUGAAAAAUUUGCUUAGCACUUUGGAGUCUAAGUCAUUUGAGUUCAAAGAUAUUGUGAAAAUUGGAAGAACACAUACUCAAGAUGCUACACCGUUGACGCUUGGACAAGAAUUUAGCGGUUAUGCUACUCAAGUUAAGUAUGGAAUUAAUAGAGUUGCAUGUACCCUACCUCGCAUCUAUCAGCUUGCUCAAGGUGGAACUGCUGUUGGGACAGGAUUAAAUACUAAGAAAGGGUUUGAUGUAAAGAUAGCUGCUGCAGUAGCUGAAGAAACAAACUUGCCAUUCGUCACUGCUGAAAACAAGUUUGAAGCUUUGGCUGCACAUGAUGCUUGUGUUGAAACCAGUGGAUCUCUUAACACAAUCGCAACAUCAUUGAUGAAAAUAGCUAAUGAUAUACGUUUUCUUGGAAGUGGCCCAAGAUGUGGUCUAGGUGAACUUUCUCUGCCUGAAAAUGAGCCUGGAAGCAGUAUCAUGCCUGGAAAAGUAAAUCCUACACAAUGUGAGGCCAUGACUAUGGUUUGUGCUCAAGUUAUGGGAAACCAUGUAGCUGUGACGAUUGGUGGAUCAAACGGCCAUUUUGAAUUGAAUGUUUUCAAGCCGGUUAUCGCAAGCGCUCUCUUACAUUCCAUCAGAUUGAUAGCAGAUGCUUCAGCUUCGUUUGAGAAAAACUGUGUGAGAGGCAUUAAGGCUAACAGAGAAAGGAUCUCAAAGCUAUUACAUGAGUCUCUUAUGCUUGUGACAUCAUUGAACCCUAAAAUCGGCUACGACAAGGCUGCAGCAGUUGCCAAGAGAGCUCACAAAGAAGGAUGUACAUUGAAGGUUGCAGCUAUGAAUCUAGGUGUUCUUACUUCAGAAGAGUUUGAUACUCUUGUUGUUCCCGAGAAGAUGAUUGGUCCAUCUGAUUAA